AAUAGGCCUAAUUUCAACAACGCACUGCUCAGCUGUUCACAGCUGUCAUUAGUAAUCAAGUCGUCUUUCUUGUUGGUUGCCUGUUAUAGCGUUCACAGUGUAAAAAACGACAUUAUCCCAAAUUUUUGUACAAAUUGUUUUUUAUUAAUAUUUAAAUGGCAGCCAAAACCUAUACUUUAGAAGUUGUGAAACAACACAAUAAACCAGAGGACCUUUGGAUAAUAAUCGAAGGAAAAGUGUAUGAUGUGACUAAAUUUCGAAACGAGCAUCCCGGAGGCGAAGAAGCAUUAGACGAAGUAGGUGGCCGUGACGCCACACGUGAUUUUCAGGAUGUUGGACAUAGUCAAGAGGCGAAACAAAUGCUUAAAAAGUAUUACAUAGGUGAUCUCGAGGUCGACAAAACGGUUAAAUUGCCAGUAAGCACUUCACCAACGCCAUCAUUGCCACCACAAUUACCACCAACAACAACACAAACAUCGGCUAAUAUAGUAAAACCAGAAGCCACUAACACUAUCAUUGCUGAUAAAGAUGUUGCUCCUCCCGGCAAACAGUGUUGUGUACUCGCUUAAAACCCAAUGCAAUGUUAAAAUGUAGAACAAGCAUAUUUUCCAAAUGCUCAAAUAACUGCUACUAUGUGAUUGUUUAUUUAUAUAAAUUUAAAAAUAUAACUCUUAAUUCGUGUUGUGCAAAAUGUUACUUUAUUAUAAAAUCAGCCAUAACCUUUAACAUUGUUUACCAUUCAACUCAAAAUAGACAUAUAUGCUGUGCAGUUGGCGCUUUCACUACUGGACUACUCUUCGUUAUAAUCAUCAGGAAACUUUUAGCCAGCAAAUGAAAUGCUUAAGUUAUCGUUACAUUUGUGCGAUAUGGCUGCGAGCCACGGCCGAAAUAUAAUCAAAAAGUAAACGGAACUGCUAUACAAGAUGCCUCAGUGUACUCAACAUUUCCAAAAUUUAAGUUAAUACAAAUAAACUGUAGUAAAAUUGUAAAUUCAACUGUAUAAUUGCGUUAUGACGUGUUAUAAGCAGUACUGUUAUAUUAUGUGCGCAUAUGUACAUAUGUGUUAUAAAAAGUGUACGAAAUAUGAACAUAAACAACGUAAAAUAAAUGUUUUUAAAGCAAAAUAUGAA